GAGGCCCCUGGACUCGACUCGCAUUCAUGCUUCUCGAAGUGAGCUCCAAAGUAGGUUUCAUAAACACGUUUCCACACUUAGCCAUUUUCAGGCAGUUUCUCAGUUUUGGCAUAGCCUUUUCAUCAGGUUCAAAAAUGGUCUUCUGGACUUUCUUAUUGAGCUCUUAAUCACUUCAAUAUGUAGAGGGACACUCCAGCUUCAAAACAAGCCAUUAAUCUUCAAUUUCCAUCUAGCCAAUUGUAUUAUAUGAAUAUCCAAAGUAGACACUAAGGAACUGUUUUUACACUGAAACAAUAGAUUAGGUCGACCUAAUCCUAAACGAGGUCGACCUAAUCCUCAAUGAAGUCGACCUAAUCCUAACUGAGAUCGACCGAAAAGUGCAAGUCACCGUGACAUGCAUGUCACGGUAGGCUCACCCUGUGCUAAUACCUACUUUAAUUACAAUUUGCAUGGACGAGAAACCCACAAGUUUCACAAUAAUAAAAUAUUAGGAAAAUAAAAUGAGUAUUGAGUAGGCAUGCUUUUUUUUUGUGCUGAAAUGUGAAAUCACAUAGUAAAUGGACCUAAAUUGAUAUUUACCCAAAUUCUAUUAAUAAAUUAACGAUUAUUAUUCAGGUAGAAAUUCAAAUAUUUACGGUCUCCCUAUUCUUUCGCCUUUGUCUCUCCUCUGCACACCUAAAACCUGAAGCUCAGUACUCAGUAGCUCACAGUCACACAGCACCGCCUCCAAAAUCAGGAUCAUGGCGUCUUUCCCCCGGGUGAAUGUCGCCUCAGCCAGCUGCCGGAGCUCUUCUUUCAAACUCGCUGCGCAGAGACCUCCGAUUGGAGUCCCGAGCUGGGGAAUCCACCGCCCUACCUCGUCGAUUCUUGCGCAUGCUGUUCCAGCAAAGUUCUCCGACUCACUCCUUGGCUAUACUUACACUCUCACUUCUCGGAAAAUUUUGGGAUUAGGGUUGGUGUCCGGAUUCCAGUCAGCAGCAGUCGCAAGGAGAGUUCCAGCGAAUCCCAAUGGCGUUUGUUUCUCCUCCAGCAACGGUGGCCGCAGCAGCGGAGGAGGUGGUCCGUUCAACCGUUCUAGUCUAUUUUGGAGGCGGAUCGUUCGGGUUGGCGCUGGGUUAGUUUUGGGUGUGGCUCUCGCCCUUGUGGUGUUGGCUGGUGGUCUUUUUGGUGCAGUUUCCAACUUCUGCACCACUAGGGACGUUGUUCCAUACACCCAUCGGGAACAGUUACUGCUCUCAAGCAAAGUGGAGAUGAUGUUAGUAAGAUUUGGUGGAAUCGGAAGUUCACGCGAAGGAAUUAUCCUGCCUGCUAGUCACCCAGUUAGUGUCCGAGUCUCUGGGAUUGCUCGAAACAUAAUCCAGGCUCUUAAACGGGACUCCAGAAGGUAUGGGGUGCAAGAAAUGUCGAUUAGAAGCUGCGAUGAUGACGAGGCAGGAGUUGGGCUGGAAAAAUUGGGGAAGAAGGCGGGAGAAGUAGCUUCUUGGCGUUUGGACGGGCUUAAGUGGGAGGUACUAGUUCUUGAUGAUCCAGCUUACUAUGCUUGCUCUGUACCUGGUGGAACGAUAGCUAUAUGCACUGGUCUUCUCGAGCAUUUGAAGACUGAUGCCGAGGUAGCCACCGUGAUUGCUCAUGAGGUUGGACAUACUGUGGCUCAACACUCUGCAGAAAGAUUGGCCAGGAACAUGAGACAUCAGGUUCUUCAAUUCCUUCUUGAUCUGUUCGGAUUGAAUCGCAUUGGUAAAGAAGUUCAUGCCAUCGCAAGGUUCUUUUGGCCUAGCAGUUUCUUGUCUCAGAAGAUGGAGAUGGAAGCUGAUUACAUUGGUCUUCUUUUGAUGGCUUCUGCCGGUUAUGAUCCACAAGUGGCACCAGCUGUGUUUGAGAAACUCGACGAGACCUUUGCGGAUGGGGAAGAUGAAUGGCCGUACUCAACUCAUCCAACUGGGAAGGAAAGGUCGCGCUUACUAGCUCGACCUCAUGUCAUGGGGGAAGCAAUGGCUAGAUAUAAGGAAAGAUUGUUGUUUUCGGAGGGCUCUCGCCAUUGAUUAUACCAGGUAAUACCAGGUUUUAGUUUGUGCAGUUUGUUGGGGGGGGGGGCGGCAAGGAAUGACUUAAGAAUGGGGGAUCGAUCUCACAGAAAGAAUGACUUAUUUUCAGAACCCAUGAACAAGGCCUUUCUGUUUUCCUUUCCUUAUUUUUCUCAAGUAAUUGUGAAAUGGGAUUAAGAGAGUUUAACAUCUCGUUGUUUAUACUGUUGUGGUUGCAGAGCUAUUGUGAAGACGCAGGAGUUGGUGGAAUAUGACUUUUGACCUAAAGAUCAAUCGGCAGUGGUACAUGAUAUGUGUUUGUUGUUAUGACAAUGACUGUAGUGGAGUGGUAAGUAAGUAUGGAUUGUCAUUUGAUAUUAAAAGGUAGCUUAUUAGAGAUGAGUUAAUCAGAGAGUAGUGUGGUGAAUUUCAAGUAAGUAGAACUAUUACUGUAGAGUGUGGGGGGAUUCGCUAGAGAUAGCAUCUAAGAUUGCAUUCUCUAAUUCAACAGCGUACACUAUAUCGGGGGGCCAUAACCCGAAACUAUAUCUUUUACUCUUUUCGUUCUUCAUCUUCAGCUUUUCGUUCUUCAUCUCGCAAAUCUUUUCUUUUAAUGUCUAGAUGGAUUCCAUGUGACAUGUAUGUCGAAUGGAAGCUAUCCGUAGUUUUGCAGCUCCACGAUCGGACUACAGACAAGCAUGAAUAUGGAUCAGAUAUUGAACCCUUUGUUCUUAAGACGAUCGAUAUGUUGUUUGGGGGAGGAAAGAGUAGGAUCUUUUAUUCAUCUGCACAAGUAGGAGUUGAUUUUCUGUCUCUUCAAGGUAGUUCAGUUUCUUAUGAUGCUACUGUCGAUGCAGGGAAAUUGAAUGAGGUAGGGUAAAGCUUGGAUAUUACUGGUGUGGAGGUGAUCUAAUUCUAACCCACAUACAUACAUACAUACAUGGGUAGUUGAGGUUACAUUGUGUCUGAUGUAAGAAGCAGCUACUAAGAACAGAGAUUGUGUAAUUGAUUGAAAACUUUGAAAAGGAAGAGGUUACAUCUGUUUCUAUCUCCCCCCGAAUGUUAAAAGGGUUUGAUUUCGUUUCUUGGUUGCCGUAGUGUUUAGGGGGUGUUGUGUCCUUUGUAUAACGUUGGACGACAAAAAGAAAAUGCACAUCUAAUUUCAAAAGAGAAGGAAAAAGCAUCCCAAUAUACUAUCGAAAAAAUAAAAACAUGAUCAAUCGAUCACCAGUAUGCUACACUCAUUUGACGUACAAAUUUUUUGAGUAGCAGAUAGAGGUGGCAAUUAGGAUCCAAAUCCAUGAAUCCAAUCCAAUCCAUCCACCAAAUUAUCCACCUAAUCCAAUCCAUUUAAAAACAACCCAUUUGAUCCAAAUCCAAUUGGAUUGGUGGAUUCAUGGAUCAAUCCAUGGAUCCAAAUGGCAAAUUACGAUUUGGUACCUAUUUUUUUAUAUUUUACAUUUUGGUACCUAAAAUUUAUAUUUUUAUACGAAAAAUAUCAUUGGAAAAUUACAUUUUGAUACCUAAAGUUUUUCAUUAUGACAUUUUAGUAACAAAACUUUUCAAAUUUUACAUUUUGGUCCAAGCCUUUGAUGUCAUUCGGAUUCAUGGAUCAAUCCACCAAUCCAUUUGAUCCAAUCCAUGAAUCCUCCAAUCCAUUGGAUCCAAUCCAUUUGAUCCAUGGAUCCACCAAUCCAAUCCACGAAUCCACGAAUCCGAUCCAAUUGCCACCUCUAGUAGCAGAAUGACAUCGAUCUUGCUUCGUUAUCAAAGUGAUUAUAGAUUUUCAUAAUAAUAUAAAAAAAGAGAGGACCUCAAAAUAUUCAAUUGUAUUAUCUUUUACAUUUCGGUCUUUGAGUUUAAAUUUUGUCCAAAAAUAUAAUUAAUAUUUCUCCUCAUAAUUUUACUUAUCCUGAUGUUUAGCUUCAUUUCAUAUUAAGGUAAGUUAGUUAAAAUUUGAAGAGUUAGGGGCUCAACCUAUAGUAGAACAAAAGUAUAGGGACCCG